AGUUAUAAAUACUGAAACAUCCUCUAAAAGCGGUUCAAACCAGUCAAGGACCUAUCGAUUACCUUUUGGAGACGACACGUCGUUUCUGCUAAUCGUAAACAAAUUUUUUUUAUAUAAAUCUAAGAAUCUACCUUAAUCGAUAAUAGGUGAUUGAUAAUCCGAUGGGAAUAGAAAAAAGACCAUUUGCUCAAAAUACGGACGCAAGACAGUUAGGUAAAGUAUAUGUUCUUUAAUCGAAGCUCGAAAAGUUUCGUAACAUUUCCUGAAAAUUCCAAGAUAGUCUGCUAACAAAUUUCACAAGAAUAUUUUAUUUACAUGAUAUGGAUACACAAUAGUUAAAAAUCCCUGAUUAACCAUUGAAACUAUAAUGUAAAAUAUAAACAGAAAGUAGAUAAUUCCAUAGAACCAACGGAUGCAAUUAGAAAACAAUUUUAAGCUACAGCUUUUGCUUCAUAUGCUUUUUUUUAAUUUUAUAUAAUGGACUAGUAAUUUAUAACAUGUAUAUAUUUCACAAUCCAAUAUUAUAUUUUCUUAACAUAGAAUAUAUAUAUAUAUACACUGUAUAUAUAAUCGCUUUUGAUACGUGCGCAAUUUAAUUUUUUAUCCAUUGUUGUGUCAGUUCAGCUAACUUCAAUGUCAACUUUUUCUGGGACGUAUUUUAAAAAGGCAUUAUCACCCCUUCAACUCUCGAUAUGUCAAGAUAAAUAUUAGUGUGUUUGAUUAAUUUUUCGAGGCCAUGUUUCGGUUCCUCUAUUAUUUUUUUAUCUAUCAUUAUUAAAAUUACGUUAAUAAUUUAACUUUUCAAGUUAUGUUACUAUGAUAUGAUCUUAACUAGAAAAUUAACCCACAUUUACAAAGUUUAACUGUGAACAACUGAUUUAACAGAUUGAUUUGAAUAUUAUUUUAUAGAUUCUUCUAAUUCUUGGAUUAUUUAAAAGACUAUUUGUUUUUUAAAAUUUCGUCUGCUAGGAAAUAUACAACACUGCCAUCUAGUAGCCGAUGUCCUAGCUAGCGUCCCACACAAUUUGAAUCGAUACAGGGUAUAACGCGUACCGGCUCUUUACGUACAACCGAAAAAUUCUAAAUAAUUCUUGUAAAUUAGAACAUUUUAUUCGUUAAUCAAUGGCUAGUCUCUCAGAUAAUGCCCAAGUAAUACACCAGCUGCGAUCUGUAGAAAUUAUUCAAAAUUGGAAAGCAGGAAAAGAAUCGUGGUGUUGUGCAUGGUCGGAUGAUGGUACUUACUUCGCUUGGUCAAAGGGUCAACGCCAACUAGCUUUGAUACCUUGGAAUAAUGAUAAAAAUUGUCCGAUAAAUGUCAAUAAUACAGAUGAGAACAACCAAAUAAUUCGAAGAAAGUCAGAAACUACUAUUGAUGCUGGUGACUUAAUAUGGUCAUUAGCUUUUGGCUCUAAUAAAAUUAAGAAGGAUCUUGUCUUGGCUAUUGGUUUACAAUUUGGUAGAAUUCGCAUAUGGAAAGUAGACACAGCUACGGCAGUCCUGGAUCUGGUGGACCAUACAAAUAUUGUUAGAAGUCUGUGUUUUGCCCCGGAUGGAUCGAUGAGACUUUUAUCAUGUGGACGAGACUGCCUCUUGAAAUUUUGGCAAGUUAAUGACUACGGUAAUAUGUUUAAAACAAUAAAGGUUAAAGGUCCAAGCUGGCUAUAUUCUUGUGCCUGGUCGCCAGACGCAACAGCCAUUGCUGUUACGGGUAAAUCAAGGUAUGCUGAACUAUUUGAUGGCAAAACCUACAACAAAAUUGCCAGAUUGGAGGGUCAUCAUCACGACGUUGUCUCUUCCCAUUUCUCUCCGGAUAGCCAGUUUCUAGCCACUGCUUCCUAUGAUUCUACUGUGAUUAUUUGGCAUGUUCAAUGUGCCACCAAGCUGAGAGAUUUUGGUCAUCUCUUCCCUAUGCCAUCAGCCAUAUAUGCUGCUGGUGAAAAUGAUGCCUUCGUCAGAGGAGUAUCAUAUUCUCAAGAUGGAGUUCACGUCGCUAGUGUAGCCGACGAUGGAUAUGUAAGGUUUUGGAACAUUGAAAGUGAUAUUGAUGUACCACAAUCGAUUGCUAGUUUAAGUCAUAUACUAUGCUGCUCUUUUUCGCCGAAUGGAAGAGUUUUGGCCGUAGGAGAUCGUUAUGGAACUGUUUCGUUUGUUGAAUCUCCUGUUCAAAUACCGACUCUGCAGCAUUUAUCCCGAUGUACAACUCUCAAAUAUACUGCAGUUGAAGAUAUAGUCAAACUCCCAUUGCCUUUUAGACUAAAGAAUUACUUGAAUUUUGUAGUUUCUACUUCUGCUUGA